AUGUUCACCUCUCUCAAGUUCGCUGCUCUCGUUGCUGCUGCUUUGGUAGCCGGCGCCCAGGCUGAGACUCACACUGUCUCUUUUACGAACUUGUGCGGCAGGGGUGUGCCCACCUUGAAGGCAAACGGUGUAACGCUUUCAACAGGGGGUGCCUACACUUCCAACGGCCCUCUGGAGGCUGCUAUUGCCUACCUCGAUGUCGGCUGUGGUGCCAACGGAGAAGGGUGCACAAUGGUUGAGACCACUCUCGUCAAUCCCACUUCCCCAGGAUCUGGAUCCAGUACUGAUAUCACUUUAAUCUCCCCCCACACCUUCUCCGUUACUACUGGAUUUGGAUAUUACGAUGGUUGCGAUGGUGCAGGAGCUGAUUGCACUAGUGCUAGUUGCUCGACAGCAUUCCAUGUCAGCACCGAUACCGGUGUCCAAGUUGCAUGCCAAAGCGAUAAUGUCAACCUUGCUAUCACUUUCUGUGAUUAA